AUGGCAUGGUCUUCUGGCAACACUUACUUUGAUUCUUUACGAAUGCCAGAUGGUUAUGACUGGACCAUUAGGGAAUUCAAUCAUUCUCAAUUCGCUCCUGGUGUCUAUAAAAUCAUCUACCUCUAUACUGAUGGAGCCGAUUAUAGCAACUGCAGUAGCAAAGGCAGAUCCUCUUCGAUCUACCCAUAUCAAACAGUAUCCCAUUGCAUCCGUUGCACCUAG